AGAAGGGCGGGGAGCCCGGCCGCGCCUUUGCACGCGCCGUGGCCCCCGAGUGGCUCCGUCUUCGUGAAGCUCUCGUGUCCCGCGGCUCCCCAGCCCUCGACACCACGGUACCCGACGGAGACCAAGCUUCGAAGUUUCUUCGGCCGCCGGAUGUUACUGCGCCCGGGGCGGCGACGGAGUUCAGCGGAGUGCGCAGGCACUCGGCGCGCGUCUAGGUCGCAGCCACGCUCCGCCCACAGGUUCCGAUGGCCGCUGAGGCGCAGGGCCUGGUCACCUUUGAGGAUGUGGCUGUGUACUUCUCCCGGGAGGAGUGGAGUCUCCUUAAUUCCACCCAGAGGAGCCUGUACCAUGAUGUGAUGUUGGAGAACUUUAUGCUCAUUGUCUCACUGGGAUUUGUACCUUCAAGGUCCCAUGUGGAGGGUGAAGAAGAGCCCUGGGUGCCCAGCAUGGUGGACAUAACUCUGGUCAGAAGAGCAGGAGCCAGGAGGGGUCCUGGUCUUGGUUGUCCCUGUAGACUGGAUGAUGGGGAGGCCUCUCCUCAACGGGUGAAGAGCUGCAGAGUCCACCUGUCAGAGAAGCACCUUCUGUGUGGGGAGUCUGAAAAGGAUAUCCCUGCCAUGUUAGGCCACCUCCAACACCAGGCCACUCACAGUGAGAGCAAGUCAUUCAGGAGCACGGGGCGCGGAGAGCCCUUCCUGCCCAGCUCUGGUCACCAGCAGCAGCAGGGAGUCCAUGCUUCACAGAAGCCCUUCAAGUGCAGUGGUUGCGGGAAGGCCUUCCUGAAGGCCUUCGUGCUCCUUGACCACCUGGUAACUCACUGUGAAGGGAAACCCUUUAGGUGCCCAAAAGGUGGUAAUGCCCUUAAGGAGAACUCGACUCUGGUUAAUCACCGAAAAAUUCACACUGGAGAAACACCCCAUGUGUGUGAGGAGUGUGGAAAGGCCUUCAGUUACCCAUCUAAACUGAGGAAGCACCAGAAGGUUCAUACGGGCAUAAAACCUUUCAAGUGUGGUGAGUGUGGGAGAACCUUCAACCGCAAAGAUGCCCUUGUUCUGCACCAGAGAAUUCACACUGGAGAAAGGCCUUACGCCUGUAACGAAUGUGGCAAAGCUUUCAGUGUUCUGUCCACCCUCAUCCGGCACCGGAAAGUUCACAUUGGAGCCAGGCCUUAUGAGUGUCAGGAAUGUGGCAAGUUCUUUAAAUACAACCAGAGCUUCAUUAUCCACCAGAGAGUUCACACUGGAGAAAAGCCUUAUGUGUGCAAGCAGUGUGGGAAAGCAUAUGUGACCCGCUCCGGCCUGUACCAGCACUGGAAAGUCCACACUGGAGAGCGGCCCUACGAGUGCAGCCUGUGUGGGAAGACCUUCACUACCAGGUCCUACCGCAACCGGCACCAGCAGUUCCACACGGAGCAGAGGUCCUAUGAGUGUGCGGAAUGUGGAAAAGCAUUCAAACACAGUUCUACCCUCCUUCAGCACAAGAAAGUCCACACGGGAGAAAGGCUGUAGGCAGACGGGGUACCAUAACUGGCUCCAUGCUCAGCAUGGAAGAUAACUCUCCAGAAAGGAGACUGAGGAGAGG